AUGGAGGAGGGCCGCUGUGCGGUGGACGUGUGGGCAGAGUUCCGCUCUGCGGGAUCCGCUGCGGACCCAAACACAACGAGGGUCCUGUUGACCGGAGGGACACACGUGUUGCUGUGCUGCGCCAGCGACGUCCACGUCUUCAGUAUCAAAGACAAACAUGUCACGGCUACUUUACAGCUUCCUUGGCCUGUGGAGGACCUGGUUCAGGGUCCUGAUGAGCAGCUUCUCUACGUCGCCUGUCAGAAUGGAGUUUACUGCAUUAACUUGCCUCGUCUGCUGUCGAGGGUUCAAAGUUCGUCAGAGAAGCAGUCGUGCGGUCCGUCUGUGCUGGAGGUCUCCUCAGAAUGGCUGGCUGUGAGGGAGGAGGGUGUGUGUUCGGUUCUGCUGGUUGGUGGCUCAUCUCUCCUGACUCUGUCCCAUAGAGACUCUCUGUGGUGGUUCACCCUGUAUAAGGUACCAGUGUCACAGCAGUCGGCAGAGAUAUUUGCCCAGCUCCAGCUCCCAGUGGUCUCUGCUGGUCUGCAUGAUGACGUGGAGGAAAAGAAAAGGAGUGGAUUCAGGAGGAGGAGCCCUCCUCUGAUUUGUGUCCAUUCCAGUGAUGUUUAUUCCUCCGCCUCCUCCUCUUCCUCUGUGUUAACUUCAUCCACAUCCCCACCAGGUGACAAUAAUUUCCUCCUGGAGCCCCUCCUCUUCAAGCUCCUGUUUGGGGUCGACGCCGCUCUCACAAAGUCCCCUGUGAUCAUCUGUGGCCUGCCUGAUGGGCGCCUCGUCUUCCUCCCUGUGCAUCUCCUCACAUUACACGUCAGAGUCCUUCACAGUCUGGAGCAGCCGGUGGUAUUCAUUGCGACGUGUGCUGCGUCAGGCACCGCAGGGCCCCGGUGUUUGGUGGCGGUGGGCAAUGAGGGGAGGGUGCUGGUGGUCCGGGCCGGUGGAGGGGGGUCAGGACUCGGGGGGAAGGUGGCUGGUUUUACGGAGGUUUGUGUCCCGGGGCCCGUGGUGUGUGGGAGUGUGGAUAAAGACCAUCUGUACUACAGCCGUGGAUCCGACCUCCUGGUUCUGGAUCUAAACGGGGGACCAGCAGAGAGAUCGGGUCAGCCAUUGGAUAAGAUGACCCCAGCUGCUCUCCAGACCCCCAUGAGUUUAAAUGUCUGCGGCGUUGUUGCUGUGUGUGGACCAACACACAAUACUGAAGACGGCGUGCAGCUGGUUGGGUUAACUAGCAGAGGACGACUCCAGAGGAUCAGCCUGCCGAAGAGGAGUGAGGAUGGAGGAUUACCCAGCAUCCCUUCAUCACAGGUGGGCCAGAGGAUCCGCGACCUGCUGGCUGCUAUCGGAGACGUGUGUGAGAAGGCGUCAGUGUUGAGAAGCGGCAUCCAGUCCAAAAACCAGCUCCUCAGGCACCUGAACCAGGUGCUGAACAUCAGUUGCCUCCUGUUGGCCAAUCAGGACGGAGAAAACCACCCUGCUGACCAGGAGCAGCCCAUCAGAUGUCGUGCUGUGGCUAGUUGGAGCAGGAUGCUGUGUAGGGAUUCUCUGAACCUGACUUGUAUUUUGGGGAACUCGAGUCCUUUUGUUUUAGAAAGCGGCUGGACGUUCUGCGUCGCAGUUGCCCCUCUUUCGUACCGUCUCACCGCGGGAGGAGCAGGAUGGCAAAACUCAUCUAGGACUUUCUCUUUCCCCAUCCAAAACCUCUGCUCGGGUGAAACAUUCGAGGUUACGUUGCCCCUCGCGGCUGCAGAAGACACGUCUUUCCCUGUGACGGUGAGCUGCUCACUUGUCUUCUCGCUGAAAAGCAUUCUGGGAGAGGAGGAUAAGGCCCGCCUAUUGGCCAGCAGGAAUAUAAUUGCGUCCUAUCUGGGGUUGGAUGAUAGUCUUGUUGGUUUGUUGUUAAAUACUCUGACAGUGGAUUGGUUGGAUGCUCUGCAGGUUGCCAAAGCAACAAACAACAACAGUUUCACUGCCACCACCCCCAUGAACACUGCCCAGGCUUUUUUAACCCCCCGUGGGUUCACAGGAACUGGAAUGGCGAAAGCAGACGCAGAGAAACCUUCCAGUACUGAGAGACAACAGUAUUCAGCAUGCAUCAGAGUUUCAUCAGACCUGCUGAGCAAUGCCCUGGUGUCAGAGCCCUCAGAUUUGGACCCUCAGGGGUCAAAGGUAACUCCUCCAAGUCUGUGCAUCACCGUGUUGGACUGGCUGCUGUCCCGAGGUCCUGCAGGAGGAGAGACGAGACCCCGAGAAGACGUGAGAACAAAUGGUGGCUCUGUGGUCCAUGGCCGAGGGCCAGGAGGACACACAGUCCAACUGACUGUUAAGCAGGUUACCAUAGGAGAAGAGAAGAAGGAGGCUCUGGCUGUGGUGGAGCUUCAGGUGGAGAGUUCAUCCAUGACUGCCGUGUGUGGGAUUCACCAUGCUAUGCUACACCGUGUACAGACUCUGCUGCAGAAGGCUCCGGGGGAGAGUGGCUCCACCAUCAGAGGACAGGAUCUGGGUUUGAGACGGGCGCUGAAGCGAGCUGAGGCCUUGCUGCAGCAGAUCCAGCAGUCAAGGAUCUCGGAGGCCUACGGGACUGACUGGUCUGAGAGGAAGAUGACCCGAUCUCUCCUCGACGUCUACCGACAGCUCAGAGAAAACCCGCUCCUCAUCGCCUGACGGGUCCCACCACAAACCGUCUCUCUCUGGACCACAGGAGGUGUUUCUGCUGCUGGAGAAGUCAUUUUGUACUUACGCCCCAAGUGGAUGGACCGGCCUGUCUGAGGACCUGAGAGAGGCCCCCACACUGAACACUUUUAAAAGCAGGUUAAAAACCUUA